UGGCUUCGUGCGCGCGCCCCGACCCCGGCAUGGCUGUGAUGGGGGUGCAGCUGGUGGUGAGCCUGCUUACGGCGAGCAUCAUGCAGAAGAUGUCCCCGCACUGCUCCUUCGCUCGCUGGCUGCUGUGCAACGGCAGCCUGUAUCGCUACAAGCACCCUUCGGAGGAGGAGUUGUGCGCCCUGGCUGGGAAGCAGAAGCCCAAGGCCAAGCGAGACCGGAGGCUGAACGGGGUCACAGAGGAUAAACCCCUGUCAGUGCCCAGGGACAUCAACCUGCACUUGGAGACCACUCCAGUAACCACAGUGGAUGCUCUUGUGCUGCGCUAUUUCCUGGAGUACCAGUGGUUCGUGGAUUUUGCCGUCUACUCCACCCUCGUCUACCUUUUCACUGAAGGCUACUACUGCCUGGUGGACCCCCAGAAGGAGAUGAAUGUUGGCAUCCUGUGGUGCCUGCUUACGGUCUUCUUCUCCUUCAAGAUCUUCUUCAUGGUGAUGCACCAUUACUUCCGCUCAGAGGAGGGAGGCGAGCGCUCUGUCUGCCUCACCUUCGCCUUCUUCUUCCUCCUCGUUGCCAUGGUGGCACUCGUCGUGCGGGAGGACUACUUGGAGUUCGGCCUCGACUCGGGGCUUGCCAAUGUCAGUGAUAACCUGGAGAUUCUCUUAAAGCAGCGAGGAUGGGAAUGGACAGUUCCCAUCACCAAACUGACCUUCAAGGUGGGGCUGGUGGCCCUUUGUUCGUUCAUUGGCGCGUGUCUGACGUUCCCGGGAUUGCGGCUGGCGCAGACUCACCUGGACGCUCUGAAGAUGGCCGCGGACAGGCCAAUGACCCAGAUCCUGCUCCACGCCAGUUUCCUGGCACCCCUGGUCGUGGUGCUCAUGUGGAUCAAGCCCAUUUCCCGAGACUUGCUGCUUCAUGCACCCAUGGGGAAGCAAACGGUCCAGAUCAUGUCGGACUCGGCCUACAACUCCACGCGCCUCUGGACCAUUGUCGCCCUCUGCCUGCUGCGCCUGGCCAUGACACGCCACCACCUGCAGGCCUACCUCCAGUUGGCGGAACGCUGGGUGGAGCAGAUGAAGAGGGAAGCUGGGCGCAUCACCGCCCUGGAGAUCCAGCGCAGGGUCACGAGGAUUUACUGCUACGUCACCGUGGUCAGCCUGCAGUACCUGGGCCCCAUCAUCCUCACGCUGCACUGCACGCUGCUCCUCAAAUCGCUGGGUGACUACUCGUGGGGCCUGUUCCCCGAGCCCCCGCCCGUCUCCCCGGCGGUGGGCGCCGCACCGGCCCGGCCCGCUGCUCCCUUGGCUGAGGAGGAGGGAGGAGAGGACAUGCAGGCCAUGGUGGCGCAGAUCACGGGCGCGCUGGGCGCCAUCCUCACCCCGCUUUUCUACCGCGGAAUCUUCGCCUUCCUGACCUGGUGGGUGGCCGUUUGCCAAGUGAUCACCAGCCUCUUUGGCCUCUACUUCCACCAGUACCUGGCAGCCUCCUAA